AUGGCGGAAAAUCCAUUUAUGCUGUCGGUUGGGUAUCGCUUCUGUCCCACAGAGGAAGAACUCGUUUGCUUUUAUCUUCAAGAGAAGCUUCACAAAACGCUGCCCGUUAUUGCAGAUGCAGUUAUAAAAACCCUUGAUGACCUUUAUAGCGAUGAGCCUUGGAAUAUUUUCUGCAACGAGACGCCGGAAAAUGGUUACUUCUAUGUUUUUACCAAGUUGAAGACAAGGAGCGCAAACAGAAGUAAGAGAACAACUCCUUCUGGAACCUGGACAGGCCGGAGUUCUAAGGACAUCCCUUGCCGUAAUAUUACGUAUGUGAGGAAAUAUUUUGUCUUUGAAGCAAAGGGUGAAGGUGGUUCUUCCUCGAAUGGCCACUGGACUAUGCACGAGUUCUCGUUAAAAGAUGAAGGGUUUAAGGGAGAUUAUGUCCUUUGUAAAAUCAAACGUGAAGACAAGUCUGAACAAGGAACGGCUGCAACUGUUCCUUUUCUUGAUGGGAAGAAGAGAAAAUCUUCUGUUGAGAAAGAAGAAGAGAACGACAACUCAAAGAAGAUGCGACAGGACAAUCUGAGUCCUGUAAACUCUAACUCUAGCUGGCAUCUUUCAAAUGAGGGUUUGGUUGAUUACAAUAGCAGUCCUUUUCUUGAUGGGAAGAAGAGAAAAUCUUCUGUUGAUAAAGAAGAAGAGAACGACAACUCAAAGAAGAUGCGACAGGACAAUCUGAGUCCCGUAAACCCUAACUCUAGCUGGCAUCUUUCUAAUGAGGGUUUGGUUGAUUACAAUAGCAGUUUUUCCAAUCAAAUUGCAGAGAUAGAAGCUCCAAUAAAUGAUACAGAUAUUGGGGUUUAUGAUAAUUUGUUGGAUGAACUGCUAGAACGAUGGUGUUAG